UUUAGAUUUCUGCUCGUACAAUUUCCACAUCUUUUGAUUUUCGAGACCUGGUAAAGGGGAGGAUGGUGUGUAUCCUUUUGUAUCCAAACAUAGUUUAGAUCAUUAUGUGCUUUUUUGUCUCUAUCCCUUGUCACAUCUCACCAUCGAUGCAUCGUGCAUACAAGGACAAAUUCCCCACGAUUUGACACUACUUUAAGAAAUAAAGGUUAAUGUUAGUCUUGGAACGCGCAGGUAGAUGAAUUACUGCGUAAAAUAUGUCACUAUCAAGAUAAUGUGCCGUAGCACUACUAACUUUUGGAUACCCUCGGCCCUAGUGUUAAUAGAUAACAACUAACUAACAACUAGUACUAAUAGAUAACAAAAGCAUCAGAAACAAUAAAAUAAAACAAAUGACUUAAUACUACAUUAAUAUAGACUAAGCAGUAAGACUGAUUAAGAUAAAUUAAAAUGCGGCAAUAACCUCUGGUUGGCCAAACAACGUUUCCUCAUUGCUUGUUUGAUUUAAGGUUUAUUUUAAGUACAAGAUUAAGAACGCCUUUAAGUACAUUACAAUUGAUUAAACCAUGUUCACAGCUUGUAGUCUGAGUAUAUAUCAAAGCUAGAGAGGUUCCGAUUCGCUUCUUUCACGAGUGUCUUUCCUCAACUAAGUUCCCGGAUACCCAGACAAACAAAGAGAAUUUUAAGCAAUACAAUAAACCCAUACAGGCCGUGCUUGUCAGCUCGUCUGAAAUCCUGUUAACUUUUUAUCUCAGGAAAUCUUGUUUCACAUUUGUUCACACGUCACUCCUUUACCAGUCCUUGAUCGUUUCCUGAGAUUUCUUGUAUGUUUACCUAGUUGUUACUUAUUUUUGCGAGACUUAAUUUUUUCGAUUUUUAAAGAAUCGAGAAAUUAAAGACCCGCGAAAAAAAGUUUUCGCGAAAAUUAACAGCGCGAAAUUUAAUACCCUGCUGAAAGAAGAGUCAGCUCUUUCUUCCGAGGGUCUAUUUGAAGAAUAUUGACAAUGUCGUUCAGUUGUAAGCGCAAAUAGAUGCCGGUGUCAUGUACUCUGUAAAGCUCUGCUUUGUUACAAAGGAACAUAUCAAACUAUUCAGUUUCGUUUGUUACAUUGAUAAAACUGCAAUCAGUUGUGCUAAUUCUCAGACAAACUGUUUGUUAACGAAGAUCAGUAUUAUGACAAUUUUCGCGAAAUUUAGUUCCUUUUAACCUACUUAUUUGCUAAACCCGCGAAAUUUAAGUCCCGCGAAAUAUGCCCGUUCCAUUUUCGCGAAAUUAAGCUUCCGUGAAAAUAAAUAACAUUAAAGUACUAAAUUUUCAAAACAUUGCUAGAUUUUGAGACUUUUGAGGGAUAACUAGUAUGAAGAGAGGUUGCCUGCGAAAGCGUUGUUCGUUGUAGCUUCAAGAUUAGUUCUGCACUAGUGUUGACGUUGGCUAGAUGCCACCACGUACGUGAGAGGAUAUCAAGGAACGAGUAUCGGGAAAGAAUAUUCGACAUGUGAUUUACCUGCACCAACUACUAUGUAUCUACUAAACACGUACACUGAGAAAAGGUCAAGUAGUAAAAGUCGUCGACAAAAUCUAACGAAUUCCAUCAGUAAAGAGAGUAACUAAACAAAAAUUCUAACUAUGGUCUUAAUGCUAUCAGCCAAGAAAGUGGGUAGCAUUACAAAAACAUGUGUGAUCAUCCGCCAAUCGACAGCAUUUAGUUUUGACCCUCGACCGGAAAUGAUAAGUCAACAAAUAAAAACUCUUCAAACAAAACAAUUUGUUUGUUAUUCAAUUAGUGAAAACAACUUAAAUGAUGCUUAUUGAUCACCAAGGCAGUAACACCUGUUAUUUCAGUUUGCAAGCAGCAAAUGAACCCGACCUUCCAUGGUUCGAGUCGCUUCUACCUAGACUGAUCCAUCGAUCUCAUUAAUACCUGAUACAGAACUGAUAAGGUCUCAAAGCAAAACCACUUAUGUCUAAGAUUUUGCCAAAAAAACGCCUCUCAACGUUAUUUUUCCACUCCGCCGAAAGUAAAACGUCUAUCGAACUGACAACUUACUGACUAAUAUUACCGUGACAAUUGUGAACAACGGAAAAACACGGAUGAACAGAUGAACAAACCCACGGGAAAAGAAACUCUUUCUUUCCUUUUGCCUCUUGCAACAAACGAACAAACAAGUACACAAACAAACAAAAAAUAAACAAAAGAGAGGCUGAUACUGUAUUUUGUAACUCAACAUCGAACUUUGCGGUUGUCAGACUACUAUUUCCAGCCUGAUUAUUUUUCAGGCGUGAGUCUGAUAGGGUCAAAACAAUGAAGUUAAGGACUGCAAAAGGAUCUGGGAUUAAAGAUGACUGACGGAUAACCUUUCAGUCAGUGAAAUCAGUGAUAGGUAAAUUAGCUGGCUAAUUAGGACAAAAAGCAUUUACGUGUACAUAAAUUGUUAUUCGGUAUGUACUUCUGUUGCGGUUCGACAAGUUGAAAGUCCGCCAGAUUUUUCUCACACUCGUAAGAGAGGUUCACACACGAGAUGGCUCCUAACGAUAGUGGUCUAUUCAACAAAACCAAUUUCAACAUGCCACCGCAACAAAGCGACGACAAUCAACAGACCUUACCGCUCGUGGCUGUGUCACUCCUCAUUCUCAUUACUCUUCUGGGUACGACUGGAAAUCUGCUCGUUUUAAGAGCGAUAUUUACCCUGAAGAAGCGAAACCUCAACGAUUAUCUCAUUUUGAACUUGGCUGCCACCGAUACAGGGACAUGCCUUGUGAGCAUUCCGUUAGACGUCGUCGAAAAGAUGAAGGGUGAAUUUCCUUACGGAGCUGCUCUUUGCCACGUGAUCUAUCCAUUUCAGUCCGUACUCGUCUACGUGUCUGUACUAACACUGCUGUUCAUGUGCGUAGAUCGCUACAGGUUGAUAGUAACGCCGCUGAAGCCGAGAAUACACUUGAAAACUGGAUUAACAACCAUUGCUGCGAUGUGGGCUUCAUCUUGUUUGAUUGUGCUGCCUCUGUCACUUGCCCUAAAGUUUAAAGGAUCCCAUUGCAGCGAGGAAUGGUGGAGUGAUUACAGCGGAAGAAUGUUCACCCUCACUAUCUUUACAUUCCUUUACCUCAUACCAAUGGUUAUCAUGACGUUUCUCUACGCGUUCAUUAUUCAAGUGUUGUACAAAGACACCAGAUCUCUAAAACUGAGGAGAAAUGUGUCGGCGAGUUCCCAGCUAUCAGCCAGUCUGCCACAACGCAAUUUGAAGAUUGUCCAAGUGUUUGUCAUGGCUGUAGUGGUGUUUGGAGUCUGCAUGUUACCGACACAUGUCACAUGGAUGUGGCACGAUUUUGGAAGCGGUUCCAAGAGACCUGAACUAUUUAACAAGGCAGUAACAUUUAGCAACAUUCUUAUGUAUGCUAACUCUGUCGUCAACCCCGUUAUCUUUGGCUCAAUCAACGUAAAAACUCUUGAGAAACUUUGCAAAGCAUUAGUUUGCUAUCGCUCGGAAAGAGAAGGCAGCUACCAUGAGCUUGACCAAGUGUUUGUUCUUCGAACUAACUCUCCUUCACCGCCAGACGUGCGCCCAGGAGAUAGACCAGCGUCUAGACCUUCGGAAACUCCGCACUUUUAUAUUUUUACAAGCUCAGUGUAGCAAAACAAGCUCCACGGUAAACUAAAUAACAGUUAUGGCUCGUUUAUCCCCGAGCACUGAGAAAACAAAAGCGUACAAUACGUUUGCUUCCACAUAUCGCCGGGAAAGUCCGAUGUAAAUUUAAUGGCCGUCUUUCGAAUGAUAACUUGUGUUUCUAUGCAUGUUGUUUGCUAUUUUCCGUAGAUAAGCAGAGAAGGAAUUGUUCAUUGUUUUAGUGUCUAUGCAUGUGUCGUUCCAUACAUCAUCUUGGAGUUUAAAAAAGAGUUGGUUCAUGGUUCUUGCUCUCGUAAAGCUAGAGUUGCUCUUGGAUGCGCCUCGAUUAACCGUUACGCUUCCCGGCCCCUCGUGCCCUCCCUAAUUUCCGCUGGCGUACCUUUGGGUCGAUAAACUGACGCUAAGUGUGGACCAGUUCUUAACCUCUAUCGAGGAGUUAGCUACAUUUCACAGACGCUGUUACCAUGCAUAAAACCCGGUCAACGGUAGUCGACAUUCAUAUAUUCAAAGUUAACUCCCUAAAACAACUUUGAUUUACAGUAUUUCAAACAAACUUUGCUAACGAACAAUUUAAUUGAAGUUAAUUGUUAAUUACUGUUAAGACGUUUGAUCAUAAUCGUAGUUAACGGAGACUGAAAAAAUAAAGUUUGUGGUUGUUUUUUCACACA